GUCACCUAUCCUGAGGUGGGUGGUGUAGCAAGAGAUGUUUAGAGCAUCUCUCACCACAAGGGAAGGCUGCAAUGUCCCUGGAAAGAUAUUGUCUGAUUCUGCUACUAAUUUGGUUCAAAUGACCUUGAAAGGCCAAGGGAUUUCUGUAAGUCCUCCACUUCAUAUAUAAAGAGCUACAAAAAUGAGACUUCAGGACAGCGCCUGUGGCCUUCACAAGUAAGAGCUGAGUCAGGAGUGGGGCUGUGAGACUUGCCCUUCUUUGCACCUCAGCAAGAUAUUAGUUCACCUGCAAAUUCAUCUUUAAGGUAUUCUCAUUUGGAGGUGAAAAACCUAAAAUACAAAGCCCCUUUGAUGUUGAAGGCACUCUUUUCUUGAACUUGAUGAUGAUGGAUUUCCCUAUUAGAGCAAGGGAGAACUUUGAUGAGCUUCUACUAAACCAGACACCUCAACUCAUAGAUGAGGAAAGUGAAGUGAAGAAUCUUUGCCAAAUUCCAAAAAACAAACUUUCUGAAAAAGGGAUGAAUAAUCAAUACAUCCGUCGGGAAGUCUUCUGCUGUGAAACGUGUCACGAGCUCAAAAGCUUCUGGGAAAAAGAAAUUAGCAAACAGACUUGUUACCGGGAACUGGAGGAAGAUCGUCAGGGAAGGAGCGCCCUGAAGAAGCUCAGAGAAGAAUGGAAGCAGAAACUGGAGGAAAGACUGAGAAUGCUGGACAGUCCUGGGGAGAAGGAAAAGCAGGGGAACAUUGUGGGCUGACAUCCUCCUGGCUCAUCCACUUCAAAGAUAACAAGUCACCAAAGGCACUUUUCUAAGAGAUAAAACUAGCACCCCCAUUAUGUGACUUACUAAGCGGGACACUUCCUAUUUGACUUCCCAUUUGUGAAGGAAUUUAUAUGUGAAACUUACUGUCCCCCCCUCGUGCUAAUAAAGGUUAUGGAAGAUAUUGUCCAACUCACUCCUCUCUGCACAGAGGAUAGAAUGACUGCCAGUGGAAUGUGAAGCUCAGGUUAUUUAAUAUUGAAAGCUCUUGAAAUUAAUACUCCCCCAUCUCAAAGGUCUCUGUAGUACAAUUUAUUUCCAUAUUCUCUUCUCAUUUUGAAAUCUGAAUGUUUUACCUAAGCUUACCAAGGGCAGUUAUCAUGAUGGGAAUCUGGCUUCCCUUUGUCUUUUGGGAAAACAGAGUCAUACAGCCUUUUCUUUCUGUCCCCCUUUUGUGUGAAGACAAAAAUGCAACCACUUAUAGAAAUAAAGCAAUUGUUGUUGGAACGUUUAAAGAUGUCCAGAAGGUUCCUAAGCCUCUCCUCAUU